CAUAACUUUGUGGAGGGAAUAUCUAAUUCAUCUUUCAAUUCUUGCCAAAAUCACACAUUUCCUUCUUUUUCUUAUUGUGUUUUUAAUUUGUUUUCUUCCAUAUACCACAUUCAAACCAAUAAAAUCAAAAGGCUAAAGAUCGUAAGCAUUCAUGUCAUAAUUGUGAUUAUGAAGAAUCCUAUGAAGAAUCGUUCAAGAAGAUGAAAAGAUCUUGUUUAGUGUAUAAUGAUCAUAAAGAUGAAGAUAAAGAUGAUGUUAAGAAGAUGAAUUUUGAUGAGGUUCAUAUUCCGGAGCUAACGCACAAAAGGUGUAAUAUUUGUGGAAAGACUUUUAGCAGCGGAAAGGCAUUGGGUGGUCAUAGAAGAUCCCACUUCCAAGCUUCUAAGAAGAAACAUCAUUCACAAAACGUGAGAACCACUUUUUUUCGUUACAAGAAUAAAGAAGAUCAAGAUGAUGAUGAUGAUGGUAAUUAUUGUUCUUUGCCAAGAUGGAAAAAUAGAGAUAAAAGAGGUAGAAAAUGUAUUGGUGGUGUUGAGGCUGCUAAAAAUCUUUUGCACCUUCAUUUAAAUAUUUUUAAUUUGUCUAUUGAUAUUGAGCCAAAAAGUCCUCCUCAUCAAUUUCCAAUUCCAAGUAAGAAUAGAGAUUUUUACAUUAGUGAAUCAUCUUCUAAUAGGAAUGGGGAAAUGGAAGAACAUGUGGUGAACAAGAUUAAAUUCUUCUAUGGUAGUUCAUUGAAGAUUGGAAACAAAAGUGAUAUUGAGAAUGGUGGUGAGAGUGACAACAAUGAAAAGGAGAUAAAUAUAAGCAAAAGUUUAUUAUUUGAAUCUAGGGUUGAUGAAAGUUCAAGUAAUCGUUCGGCAGAACAAAAAAUAUUGAACUUUGAUUUGAAUGAGCCAUAUGUUAUGGAGGAUUAGUUAAGCAAAUUGUUAAGGUGAAUAAUACAAUAUAUGCUUUCUUCU